AUGACGACUACUCCAUUACACGAAAUGUCACAGUUAAAUUCUAAACUUGAUGAAUUAGCUCGAUUAACAGAAUCUGAAUAUGAAACUAGUAAAACGGUGAUUCUUUUUCAAUAUUUUGAUAAAAUAUAUACAUUAUGUUAUGGUACACCUAAUUUUCAAACAUUAAUUGAUACAUUAAUUCAAAGAGAAUAUGCAAAAUUUUGUGCUGCAAUAUUUAAACGUAUAUAUAUGGAUGUAUUUAAAAGUCAAGAUCGUUGGCAUAUUACUUAUUAUUUAGUCCAUUCAUUAUGGAAUUAUACAGAUAAAACGAAUGCAAUGUGUACCGCAAUUGUUAAUGCACAACUUAUUCCGAUGUUUACUUAUAAUCUCAAUCAUGAUAAUUAUUUAAAUAAUUUCUCUGCUAAUGAUGCUAUUAAAAAAUUAUUCGAUAUGAUUGUUUCAAUUUUACAUAAUAUUGCACAAGUACCUGAAUUAACUAGUGAAUUAAGACGACAUCAAUGUUUAGAAAUUUUAAAUAAAUUAAUUCAAAAAAUUGGUUCACAUAAUAUUUUUCUCAAAGGAAUAUCUUAUUUAACACUUGCUUAUAUUAUCCGAGAAGAUGAACGUACCACCUAUUUAACAAAUUCUAAUGAAUCAAUACCUUAUCUCGUUGAUCUUUUGAACAAAGCAGUAAAUAGUCCAGAUCGUCGAUCAAAUGGAUUAGAAGCACGUGAAUUAUGUAAAGGUCUAUCGAAAUUAUCUGUUGCAAAUGAUAAUAAAUAUAAAAUUUAUAUUGAAUCAAAACUACUUGAUAGUUUAUUAAAUAUGCUUGAACAACAUUCCAAUAGUCAAGAACAAAUCUCUGCUUGUACACUUAUUUGGAAUUUAGCAUUCGAUCAAAAUGUUCGAAAAAUUUAUAGUGAACAUAAACAAUUAAAUCAAAUUUUAACAACUAUUGCACAAACAUCAUCAAAUGAUGAAUUAAGACGAUCAGCAUCAGGAUGUUUAUGUACAUUAAUGGGAGGACCAAAACCUCCAACAAAAACAUCAUCAGCACCACCAGAAAAUAAAAGAGUUAUGAUUUCAUAUAAUCACGAUGUUAAACAUUUAUCAAAACAAAUAAAAGAUCAUUUAGCUGCUGAUGGAUAUGAUGUUUGGAUUGAUCUUGAAAGAAUGCAUGGAAAUUUAUUGGAUUCAAUGUCGGAUGCUAUUGAAACUUCAUCGAUUCUUCUUAUAUGUUUAACUGAAAAAUACAAAGAUUCACCAAGUUGUCGAUUAGAAUGUGAAUAUGCAUAUCAACAAAAAAAACAUAUCAUUCCACUUCUUUUACAACCAAAUUAUAAACCUGAUGGUUGGCUUGGUAUUAUUGUUGGUAGUAAAAUAUACAUAAAUUAUGCAAAAAAAUCAUUUGAUGCAGCUUAUUCGGAAACACUUGGCGAGCUUCAAGCACUUCAAAAUCGAGUAAAUACAAAAUCAACAAUAUCGCCACCGAAAAAACUUGCUCCUCCACCGGAACCACCUCGUCCAUUAUCAACAGCAACAAUAGCAGCAGCAGCAAAUGAAACAAUUACGACGAGAGCUACUCCUCCUCCUAAUGCUAUUGUUCAUUUGAUGUCACAAUUUCGAAUGGAUAAUGUAUCUACACCAAUGCCAGUCACAUCGACAACUUUAGAAAAAAUGACACCUAAAGAAACACACAAUUUUUUGAUUGAAAAUGGAUUAGAAAAUUUUCUACCAAUGUUUAUCGAUAUGGACGGUAUUAAAUUAAUGAAAUUAUUCGAAAUUAAAAAUAAAGCACCACAAUUUUAUUAUAUGCUUAUUAAAGACAAAUGGGAUCAAAUGAAUCAAGAAGCCAAAGAUCAAAGUUAUAGUCGAAAAUUACCAACAUCAAUGGCUCAAUUUCUUCAAUUAACUGUUAUUCUAGAUAAAUUAGCUGACCGAUUUUCAUCGAAAUAA